GCGCACACACACACACACAGCUGAGGCGCGAGAAGCGACCGUGUGCGCAGUAGCGUCGCGUUCACGCUUCUACAAUAAAGCGGAAGCAGUAUUAUUUCUCUCUUUAUUUUAAACUACCAAAGGUGAAUCCUUCGGUGUUGGGUCGCUGUCCGCCGUUUGUGGACUGGUGUGGAUCUGACGCUAGAAUGGGCAAAUUCCGCUGGAUUUGACUGUAACUAUGGAAAUGGAUCCCACAUUCUCACAGGGAGACAAAGAUGAGGUCCAUGUGGAGGAUGUGGGGCCCCUGCGUAUGAGGAUGCGCGAGCGUCUGCUGUGGGACGAGCCGCUGCAGAUCUCCUGGCUGAUGGAGGCCGAGCCGUUCACCUCCUCCCUCCAGACGGGGGGUCCUGUGGCGGGCGCCGGCAUGACCCUGGAGCAGAAGACCACCUUUGCCUUCGUCAUCUUCCUCUUUGUCUUCCUUUGCAUGCUGAUCGUGCGCUGCUUCCGCAUCCUGCUGGACCCGUACCGCAGCAUGCCCACCUCCACAUGGGCAGAUGGUCUGGACGGCCUCGAGAAGGGCCAGUUUGAUUACACACUGGCUUAGAAGACACAUACACGCACACACUCAUGUGGUGAUGAAGGCAAACAAUCUUUUCAAUCGAGCUCUGAACAUCCUAAAGUCAUACACAAACACAUGAAUAUAGUAAUUCUGCAUAUGAGCAGCUCCACCACAAGCUUGUAAAGAUGAUUAACACACACACACACUGUGCUCACUGCCAUCCACAUAUACAAGAUGUUGUUUCAGAAAUUUAGUGUGCAGCGCUUUAUUACAGACUGAAUGGAUGUUGAGCUCUUUAUUAGUGCUGGGACACAGGGUAGCCCUCUUUUAUAUCCUCCCAAAAAUCAAACCCUCAUUUUCUCAUAUCUGUGCUGUUCUAACUGCCAAGUACAAAUCUCUAGAAGAGAAGCUCUUUCUAAGACCGUUUAUAAGCACUUCAUAAACACUUAUGACGCUUUUGUCAAAAUAGCCUUAAAAAACAUGCACUGUAAUCGGCCACUGUCAGAGUUUACAUGUUUCAUUACUGGCAAUUACUGCAGUGCUUCUGGUCACAUCCUGAGCCUUAUUAGAAAUCUUUAGGAGAUAUUAAUACGAAGAUAGAAUAGGCUAUUAGAUGAGCUGUUGAUUCAUUGUAUGUGCAAUAUGUAGGUCUCUUCACAGGUUCUGUACAUUUGAAAUCUCAUUCAUGGUAGGAAUCGCAGGAUUUGUCAGCCUUAGCACAACAAAUACUCUGAUCUUAGAUCAUGUCUAUAUCUGUAUAUUUAUAGGCUGUAGUUUCGCAAGCCUUAACAUGCGAAGCUGCCUUGAAAAUCUUGAAAAUCCAUGUUCUAAGAGCUGAUGAUCAUUGUGAUAAUCACACUGAUCAUGAUGAUAGUGUUAAUCGGGGCUAUGAUGCGAAUGCUCCUCUGCCCUGUCUAUCAUAGUUCAUCUCAUUGAUGAUUGUGAUGGUUUUUGUUGCACUAAUUCAUUGUACCUGCUGUCACUGUGAAAGAGCCGACAAACUUUAGAGCACUUAGUAAAGGACAUUUUAUCAUAUGUGUCGUGAUAAAGAUUUAACAAUUUAAAUCUUAAAAUUUAAUCAUUCAAAACAAAAGCUGCUCAUUUGUUUUUGAAAGAUUGAAGUAUUGGGGUUAGAGUGAACAGGCGGUUUUCAAUGUUCCCCUGCUGCUCUUUAGAUGAUACGAAGCACUAAACUGCUCUGUGUGUGACUUUAAUGUCUUGAACAGUACAGUAUGUGGAGCCUCAACUCAACUCGAUGAGAAUUUGUAUUUAGACCUUCAUACUGUUGUAAGAAAUAAAUGUCUGUACAGUAAGAGGAGUAAUAUAUGUAAAAACACCAGUAUAUUCAAACAUAAAAUGAUUCAGAAUUAGAAUGCUUUGUUUUAAUGGUGUUACAACCAUUUAUGUUUCAGAGAGAUGAAUGAUAAAAUGUUUCCAAAGCAGUAUAAAUGUAAUUUCCUUCUUCAAUGUCAUCAGUGUGUUUGUACACCAUUACCAAGAUGAUUCAAAAAAUAUAUAUAUAUUUGUUCAUCAGUCAUAUUAUAAUCUUUGAGUCACAUUAAUAGUGAUGACUCCCCCUGGGACACUUGUACACACGCAUUAUAAUUUUUUCAAGCUUAAAAAAAGAUUAAGGCCCGGUUUCACGUACAGGGCUUAGCCUAAGCCAGAAUUAGGCCUUAGUUCAAUUAGGACAUUUAAGUAGCUUUUAUAAAUGUUCACUAGAAGAAAAAAAAAAAACAUUACAGGUGUGCAUCUUGAGACAAAACAAUGGCUCUGACAUAUUUUAAGAUAUUUAUUUUAAGACGUCAGUACAAGUUGCUUUCAGUUAAAACAGCUCAAACAUGCAUUUUAGUCUAGGACUAGCCUUGUCUGUGAAACUGGGGGAAUAUCUUUAAGCCAGACUGAUAUUUAAGGGGGUUGUGGGGAGAUCCAGGACAACAGUAUUCAUCCGAGCAAGCAGUGAUGCAAGGGUCACAAUGCUAUGUUUAUGGUUCAGAUGUUGAUGCUGAGAUAGAUCGUUAAAUCCAUCUUGUGAUUCCUCUUAAUCAGUGGUUCACAACACUGUUCCUGGAGCCCCUCAACACUGCACAUUUUGACACACAUAUUUCAAGUCUUGUGGUAUCUCUCAGGUCUAAACAUUCUCCCUAAUCAAUGGGAGAAUUUUGCUUGAAAUGUUACUUCUUUUCUCAAGAUUAUGAAGAACUAUUUUAUUUCUACAGGUAACAGCAGUGAGAUCUGACUGAGUGUAAGUUUAUUUCUCACAUUAUUAUUGUAGAGAUGGAAAAGUAUGCACAUGUGAGAUGUUUCUCAUGGAAUGAAGCUACAAAUGCUCUCAUUUUUAUCGAUAUUUGUUUGUUUGUAAUUAGAUGCCAAUGGUUUCAAGAAAUGGUUCUGUCUAUAUUGAGCUUGUGUCUGGUGUCUACAGACCACAAGAGGGCAGCAGCAGCCCUCCAGGGCAACACAGACAUCACAGACGAGGGGUGCUUCUCCAAAGCCACUGGAAGGCAAGCCUACAACCUUUAGCCAAAAAAGCGUAACGGCUAAUACUAACGCUCCGCCUCUGGCAGUACGCAGGGAAGGAGACCAGAGGCUGUUUUUUUAAUGGAUGUCAAUGGAUGAGAGGCUUCACUAUGCUGAUUAAACAGCUUUUGUGGGGAAAUAGCUAAUCAUUUAAUUAAUCGACAGCCUGUUUGCUAAUCUUCAGCAUGUUUUACACUAAACAAUACUUUCGUUGGGAACUAUAUAUAGAUUUUAGCUUGAUAAAAAUUGAAUUUUUUUAAGAGAAGACAGACCAGGGAAUGUUGCGACUGAUGUCACUGCCAUUACACGAUAGGCUGAGAGGUGCCGCACGUGAUUAAGUUAGCCGUUACGCUAUCUCCAAUGGUAAGAGAUACAGACCCUCUCAUCUCCCUAUAAUAUACAAUCUCUGCUGUAACCUUUAGCCAAAAAAGCGUAACGGCUAAUGCUAACGCUCCGGCUGUGGCGGUAUGCAGGGAAGGAGACCAGAGGCCAUUACAGGAUAGGCUGAGAGGUGCUGCACGUGAUUAAGUUAGCCGUUACACUUUCUCCAAUGCCUGUGACCCGGAAACCAAUCGAACUAAGCCAUCUUGAAGGACAUCUCAAUUCUCUAAUUGCACCCCGAGGAGGUGAGGAAUGAGGAGUAAAGAAGCUUCCUGAGGAGCUAUGAGCGAGGAUACACAGGUGUAUCCUUUGCGGAAGUCUUUCUCAUCGAAAAACCCGAUGCACGUAUAAAUUCUCCUCAACCUCCUUCACUUCUGUCACAGUAAUUUAAAUGUAUGCUUUACUUUUGCAGUUUAAAUAAACUUUACAUCUCACAUA